UAAGAAGGCAACGACAUGUCGUCGCCAGUAGCAAGACAAAAAGCGAGCUCCCCUGCCGAGAACCAAAACGUGAGGCGCUCCAUAGCCAUAGCUUCCGCGAGAGAGAGAAGGUUUGGAGCCAUGAGGCCGACUCCGAUGGACUUCUUCGGCGACAUGGACGACCAGGGCUCCACCAUGGCCAUGGACGUUGACGACGUUGACACACUCGAGAGCUUUGCCGACGGCGUCAUCGGCGAGAACAAGCUGGCCGACGCUGACUUCUUCAAUUCCUUCGAGGACGAUUUCGACGACACCGACAUCAACUGAACCAACCGCAGCUUCUUCUCCAUCGAACCCAUGUAAUGAUUUGCUUCGAUUUGCUCUGUUUUCUAGGGUUUCGGCUAGGAUGAAGUUUCUUCUUUAAUUGGCCAAAAUAGUAUAUGCAGUAUCAAUGGGUGGAUGGUUAUUUUGACAAAUUGGUUAUAUAUAGAUAUGGAUUUUAGUUUGUGUUUAUGCUA